AUGAAGGGAGUGACAUUGACAAUCCUGUGUGCCUGUGCUGUGUCCUCAAGUGCUCCGCUGAGCAAUUUAAAGCCGUUGAAAGACCUCGCCGGCGUCGACGGCGCGCCAGGACACUUCCUUUACGUCGUCACACUAAGUCAGGUGACAAGCCUGAAGCAUCCCGCCAGGAUAUGCACCGGCAAUCUCAUAGCCAGCAACUGGGUGAUAACGACAGCUCACUGCUCUAGGCGAGUAGAAAUUCACGGACCAAAAGGCUACAAAAUUAUAUACAACCAGACGCAAACGGCAAGAGUUCUGCAAGCGAUAGUCCACAGCGGAUACAAACAGCCGAUAAACGAAUCCUUACAUGCGAAAAACGAUAUUGGUCUCUUGCUUAUCACAGAAGUUGAAGGUGCGGUGGUAGGGAAACUCUCUCCGGUUGAUUACCGAUCUCUAAUUGGUCGGUUUUCUCGCUAUAUUGGGGCGUGGGGAAGUUACACAAAUUUUAAUCAUAUGGAUAACCCAAAAUACAGUUUUAGUACGGAACUCGAUCAAUUCCAGCCGCUUCAAAUUGGUGAAACCGUGGUAAUGGCGUGCAAAGUCAAAGGUUUGCCCAGGGGUCCUUGGGUAUGCGUGGAAGCAGAUUGCUCUAAAUACCGUCAGGACUCUCUGCGCAGUGAUUCCGGUGGCCCCCUCAUACUUGACGGUAAAAUCGUUGCUAUUGGCCAAGGAUGUGUCAAUGAGCACACGUAUAUUUACACAGCAGUGAGUCCAUGUAUUGACUGGAUUAUGAAAACUAUUUGUAAUAGUGUAUCGAAAAUAGGGAGUAAGAGAAGAACUGAAUAUUAUGUACCUCGUGUAGCUGAUGUAUCGCUUUGCGUGGGGUACGCGACAGUCACAGCACACUCAGCCAAGACAAAAAUCACGAAACCAGAAAGACUGACGCACCUGAAGUAG